GAUGAGCAUCGAUGGUUUGUUUGUUGCAUUCUUGCUGACCCGUGGGAAACCAGGGCUGACCGGCCGGGCGCCCAUUUUGAUACCGCAAGUACUGGGUUGUCUUGCGUAACAUUUAUAAGGUGCAAAUAAACUUUCUAAGCUCAUUAUCAGCUGUUUACGGUCAGAGUGUGCUUGUGCGUCAACCGAUUUUGUUCCGGCAAAAAGACGCUGCCAUGUCGGAAGCCGCUGCUGCGCCCGGCUCGGCGACGGACGCCGCAGUGCUCAAGGACUUUGACAGAGAGGCUGUGAUUUGCCCACCAACACCAGCAGCGGCGGCGGGCAGCAAGCGGCCAGCGGUUCUCUCUCCGCUGUCCGCGGCGCCCGAGGGUUGGGCGGCCUCGCCCCACAGCUCUCCCACUGUUCCCGAGUCCAGCGCGCGCCCGCGGAAGCGCGCCCGCAACGAUCCCGAGGCCAUGACCUCCGCCGAUGGCCUAGAAAUGCAACAGCAUCAGGAGGAGCACGAGGAGGAGGAGGAGCAGCAGCCGGCGCUCGGCGAUGCCAGGGCGGAGGCGGGGGCGGGGGCGGUGGUGGAGCCGGGGUUAUCGCCACUGCAGCCGCCACUGCUGCAGCCUGAGCCGGCGGGCGCCGGCGACCAGGAUCCUCCCGCCAACCAUCCUACCGUGCGUCCGCAGGAGGCCGCCCCUAGCCGCGGCAACCACCCCAGCGCAGUGCCCCCGCCGGAUGCCGAGCUGCCAGACGUUCAACGGGACAAGCAGCAGGCGGUGGCGGUGGUGGCGGCUGUGCCUCAGGAUGCUGCAGCUGCGCCACCUGAGGAGGCGCUGGAGGCGGCGUCUCCGGAAGCUGCGGCCCCGCCGUCUCGGGAAGCUGCGCCGGCGCCGCUGCAGGCUGCGGCUGCGGCUGCGGCAUCUGAGGAGGCAGAGUCGGUGGCGGCAGAGCCUCAGGAAGCUGCAGCGCCGCCGCCUCAGGAGGCGGCGGAGGCACCGCCUCAGGAGGCUGCGGCGGCGCCGCCUCAGGAGGCGGUGGAGGCGGUGGCUAAGGAAGCUGCAGCAGCGACGCCUCAGGAAGCGGCGGAGGGAGCCGCUAAGGAGGCGGCGGCGGCGGCGGCCCACGACGCGGCAGCGGCGGCAGUGCCUCAGGUGCCGGCGCCGGCGGCGGUGGCAGUAAUGCCGUUUGGAAUGUUUGUGGGGCGGCCGCUGGAUCAUGUGCCCGCCUUCUACUACUGCUGGUUGUGUCAGCAGGAGCACAUGUGGCGUCAGCACCCCGACCUGAGGGAGCAGCUGCUGGAGUGGGUCCUCAUACAGCCCGCACCGCCCGGCGCCGCCGCACCGGUGUCCGGCCACCCCUACCUGUCCGGCUACGGGCCGGUUUGGCGCGUGGCACCGGCGACGGCUGAGGAGGAGCAGGAGGCGGCGGUCGCGACGAUGGCCUUCGGCAUGCACCAGGGCAAGCUGCUGACGGAGGUGCCGCCGUCAUACAUCGAAUGGACCUGCCACACGCCGCACUUUUGGCACCUGGAGGAAUACGGCAAGCGCGUGCUGCUGCGGCAUCUGGAGGUUCUUGGUCGCGUGGGUUAUACGGCUGAUGAGGGGCGGGUGGUGAUGAAGCAGGAGUGGGUGGCGCCUUGGUACGCGCAGCACCCGGAGGAGCUGGCGCGGGAGUUGGAGCGGCUGGCUGCCCGUAUGAGCUACUCCCACUGGUGGUGAUGCGGCAGGGGGCAGGAAGAACGGGGCAGCAGGGGGCCUGGAGGAGGGGCGGUUUAAGGCCAGGACAGGACGAACGGGGCAGGAGGCCUGGAGGAGGAGUGGCUUAAGGCCAGGACUGAAUGCGCGACCUGUGGGCUUUGGCUGGUCGGUCAAUGACAAGAUCGAGGGCUGAACAAAGUUGACAAGAGCUGAGGCUGCUACAGUGGCUACGCUCGGGCACGCCUGAGGACUGAAAGGCUAACCCCGGAUAGAGCUGGGGCCCAAUUGACUUGUCACGCGCCGUUGCCAUAAAGGCACAGUAUGUAUCUCACGUCAGGUAAAACAACCAGCAGGGGGAGGGUGGGCUGCAGCGCAGUGCGGCUUGCCAACUGGCGCACAUGGCCACAUGCGGCCCCACGUGCAGUGCAGUACAGUGCAGGAAGGAUGUAUGCGCGCUGCGCAGAGAGGCUGCGAGGGCGGGACACACACCGUGUGUUUGGGUUCCAGCCUACGUAUGAGGCGUGGCGGCAUCGCGCCAGUGCAGACCCCUUGCUGCUGCUGCUGACCCGUAGCUCGUCUCAUUGGAGUGUGUGGGGAGAAAUGCCAUAAAGGCUGAGCGCGGCUGAGGAGUGCCGCUGGAGGCGUUAGCUGGAGUUGCCGGGGGGGAGCGGGAGCAUGCUGGAGCUUACUGGUGCCAAUUGCAGUUAGCAAUUCAGCAUUGAUACAGGCUAAAGGCACAACGCCAACUGAACUGCAUUGUGCUCGCAUACCGUGCCAACGCGUGUAACACAAGGGAGGC